AUGUGGGCGGCGGGCGCGGCGCGGCGGGCCGGGCUGGCGCUGGCGGCGGCGGCGGCGCUGUGCCUGGCGCUGGCGGCCUGGCGGCGGCGGGCCCGGCCCCUACGCGAGGUGCUGGUGUUCCCCUCGCCGCCCAGCUGCACCGAGGCGCUGCUGGCCGAGGCGGCGGGGCCCGGGGCGGCGGCGCGGCCCUGCCACUGCCCGCUGCCGCACGGCGACUGCCCCCUCAGCCGCCUCCUGCGGCAUCUCCUCACCGCCCGCCGCUCCCUCGACAUCUGCCUCUUCGCCUUCUCCAGCCCGCAGCUGGGCCGCGCCGUCCGGCUGCUCCAUCGCCGCGGCGUCCGCGUCCGCGUCGUCACCGACGCCCAGUACAUGGGGGUGCAGGGCUCCCAGAUCGGCCUCCUCCGGCAGGCCGGGAUCCAGGUGCGCCACGACCAGGAGAGCGGUUACAUGCACCACAAGUUCGCUGUCGUGGACGGGAGGAUGCUCAUCACGGGCUCCCUCAACUGGACCACCCAAGCGAUCCAGAACAACCGGGAGAACGUGCUAGUCACGGAGGAUGUCGAGUAUGUGAAGCCUUUUCUGGAUGAGUUUGAAAGGAUUUGGGAGAAGUACAAUCCCAUCAAGUACAAAUUUUUUUCUAAAGACAGUAAAUGAUUGAGCUGCCUCACAGGGCUGGUGGAGUGCUUAACAGAGGGCAUCCAUGGACUUUAUCAUCAUCUAUGGAAAUCAUUGUAUUGUCCGUCUGGGUGUAAUUUAGGUCAGCUCCUCCAGAGAAGCAAAGUGCCCUCUACCCUAAAGUGCCACAGAUCCCUUGCUGUGGGUCGUUCCUGUCCUAGAGGGAAUGACCCAGCUGUUUGGCGAGUUGUUUUGUGAGGAUAACCGCGAGGACUGCAUUCCUAGAGCUUAAAACUGCGUGCAGGCUCCUUGCCGUGCCCUGACACAGACGAGGUGUGGUCAUACGGUGCUGGGUGGGUGUUUCAAUGGAGAUUUUCCAACUUGGGAUACUGCAGAAUGGAAUUGUAACCCAGUGUCUCCUCUACAUCGGUAACUCUGAAGAAGAGUUGAAAGGGCUACAGCAAAUUUCAAGUUUGUAUAGAGAGAUUAAGCACCUUCGUUACACCUCUCGUUGGCAUUAAUUGUUGAAAGUUUGUAAAAGGAAAUUUUUGGGAAAUACGAAGGCAGAAAUUGGAAGUGUGUUUUGAUUGUGUACACAUUUCCUUUGGUUUAAGAUUAGCAGAGCUCCACUGUAAAAAUGUGAGAACAGAUAGUAAUGACAGCUCCUCUUCCAGCGAGCAAGUGUAGGGAAGCCUGGAAAGAAAUGAGAGAAACUGUUCUUUGAGAUCAGUCGGUCUUGAGAGCAGACAUGGCUGGAGCGGUGGAAGGAAACCCCAGGUCGUUCAGGUGGGGACAUCGUGUGCUGGUCUGGUUGGGUGACUUCGCCUGUGGUGGCAGCAGCAGGCUGGGGACAGCGAGGGAGCAGCAAGAGGGAGGCAACAUCCCUGUCCCUGCAGUUCAGGGUGGGACAAAGAUGGGCGUAAACUUCAGAAUUUCGUAUCUCUAAAUAGCGUCUGUGUAAGAACUACUUUAUACUGAGUCUGAAGUGCCUCAAAAUCUCUCAAAAUGAAAAAAGGUCUUUAGUAUUUUUGUUACCAGUUUUGCUUGAUAGAGUGGUGCUGCGAGUGGCCCUAUUAAAUGCCACCAGGAUUGGAAUUUUCACAGAAAAGCUCAACAUCGUCUUCUGGUUUUUGCCCGCCAGCCAGUUCUUGGGGGUUGGUUGUUCCAAAGAUCCAAAUCAUUAAAAAUUCCUGUAGAUCCUUAGGUGUUAUUUAGGGUACGUGGAGUAACAGCAACGGAUUACAGAUUUGUUCUAUUUUGUUGCAGAUUUGUUCAGUUUUGUUUGAGAAAGUUGGCGUGGGUCUGGGGGAAAAAGCAUUACUGCUUUCUCUGGCUUAGCAGCUCUGCAAGGCUGAGGAAGGUCAUUCUCUAGUAAACCCCGUUCAGCAGCAUUAGAUUUACACUACUUAGAACACGUUAUUGCUAUUAAAAUGCUGUUUCCUUUGUGAAGGGUGACUAUAAAAGCCAUCAGCUCACUCGGUUUUCAGGCUCUGGCCUCUGCUCCGUUCUUCAUGCAGUAGCGUCCUUUUUGAAAGAAAGCCCUCACUACACGGCAUGCAAAGGGUGGUGCAAAAAUAGUUUAUUACGAUAUAGUUAAUGUAAAGUUAGGUAAUUAUAUUUACAAAAUAAAAAUGAUCAGCUACAUCCAUGGGAACCUAGCAUGUCACACGAGUUUGUAAGGAAUAAAUACUGUGAGAAAAUGUGAUGUUUCUAUUACAGUGAGCAGUUGAUCGGAAACGGUGGCUCUUAAAAAAGCACUGAAAUAAUCGAGUGGAAGGGAGAAGGGAAA